AUGGCAGGCCAGGCCUGUUCACCUUGUCUUCGGGACGGGAUUCUGGCUAAAUCUUGGUUUAUUUACUUCAAUCUGUCCAUGGUCGUCGUGUCUUUUCUCCUUCUGGUCUAUUAUUUACCAAGUAGAGAUGUGCAUCACCGUUCUGUAUAUAAUAACACCCUUCUGCUGAAAUCAAAAAAAGAACCCAACGGAGAUGUCAAGUAUGAUAUUAUUGUUGUUACCGAUUUAGACCACAACAGCAAAACGGGUAGUCACUGGCAUGCCUAUCUGGAGAGAGGUGUUUUGGGCUUGAAUGCCGCGUUGGAUCAUGCUUGGGUGGAGUGGAGUCGACCUAAUGUUGUACUGAAAUCGGAUAUGGCAGCCAAGGGAAGAGCAAUGGAAUUGUCGGACCUCGUAGUUUUUGAUGGUAAUCUCUUGAGUGUGGAUGAUAGGACUGGCUUGAUCUACAAGAUAAUUGACAACCAGAUCGUGCCGUGGGUCUUCUUGAACGACGGUCCGGGAAAUACGACCAAGGCCUUCAAAGCUGAAUGGAUGACUGUCAAAGAUGAGUUUCUUUAUGUGGGAGGACUUGGCAAGGAAUGGACGACGGGCUCGGGGCAGUUUGUAAACGAGUAUCCGAUGUGGGUCAAGCGAGUAUCCAUAAAUGGCGAGGUCGUUCAUCUUGAUUGGAGUACCAAUUAUAAGAUGUUAAGGAAGCUAUUGGGCAUCGAAUUUCCCGGUUAUAUCAUCCAUGAAAGCUGCCACUGGUCGAACUCUCAACAGAAAUGGUUUUUCUUGCCCAGGUAUUCACGAAUUCAUACUUUAGUUUUGUUUAGGCGAGUGUCUCAUGAAGCCUACGACGAGAAUCAAGAUGAAUAUAAGGGGUCUAACAUUGUUCUGAUGGCCUCUGAAAACUUUUCUAAUGUCAAGGCGAUAGAAAUAGGAGAGAAAGGGGAUGGUGUUCGCGGCUUCAGUGCAUUCCAGUUCGUACCCAACACAGGCGACGAUGUGAUCGUCGCGCUGAAGUCAGAAGAAAGAGAUGGUCGCCCGAUCGCGUCUUACAUUUCCGUAUUCCGAAUCUCCGAUCGGAGCCUUCUGAUGAAAGAGAGCCGCCUCGAGGGCGCUUAUAAAUUUGAAGGACUUGAGUUCGCUUGA